AUGCCGGGCCCCGGGGGGCUCCUGCUGCUCGCCGCCGCGCUGGCCGCGGGCACCCGGCCGAGAGGCAGCGCCCGGCAGCCAGACCCUGCUCUGUGGUCAUCAAGCAGCGACAUCGUUCAUCCGAUCAAGGUUGACGAGAGUGGGUCCUUCCUGUCCUACGACUUGUCCCACCGAGUACUCCACAGAAGGUCUCUUUCCACCAAGAGCAAGUUCCUCACCUUCUAUGAAAUGCAUUACAAAGGACAACCCCUGAAAUUCAACCUGAGCCUCAACAACAAUCUCCUCGCGCCCGGGUUCGUCAGUGAGAGACGAUACGGGGGAAUCGCUGACGCCAAGAUCCAGUCUCACACUUACAACUCCUGCCAUAUGAUUGGGGAGGUUCAGAGCCGGACCCUGAAGGGAGGCCUGGCCGCGCUCAGCACAUGUGAUGGCCUGAAAGGCGUGUUUCGGCUCAUGAACGAGGACUAUUUCAUCGAACCAGUGGCCGCCAGCUUUCCCGAGGACAGGACGGCACAGCCCCACAGGGUAUACAAACGCCACGCUCCUGAGCACCGGGGAGAGCAAGGCGAGAGGCAGCCAGCGGCGUGGGCAGCCUGCGGCGUGCAAGAAUCUCGGGAAAAUCUGGAGAGGUCUGAGAAGCGGAGGGAGAGAUGGGAACAGAAACAACACAGGAAGAGAAGAAUAAAGCAGCGCUCCAUCAGCAAGGAGAAGUGGGUGGAAACGCUGGUGGUGGCAGACACCAAGAUGAUAGAAUACCACGGGAGUGAGAACAUCGAGAAGUACGUGCUGACCGUGAUGAACAUGGUGGCAGGGCUGUUCCACCAUGCCAGCAUCGGGAACCCUAUCAACAUCGCCAUAGUGCGACUCAUCCUGCUGGAGACCGAAGAGGAGGAUCUGAAAAUCUCCCACCAUGCGGACAACACCUUGAAAAGCUUUUGCAAGUGGCAGAAGAGCAUCAACGUGAAAGGAGAUUCCCAUCCCUUACAUCACGACGUUGCAGUCCUGCUCACAAGGAAGGACAUCUGCGCAGCGAUGAACAGGCCCUGCGAGACCCUGGGUCUGUCCCACGUGGCGGGGAUGUGCCAGCCCCACAGGAGCUGCAACAUCAAUGAGGACACGGGGCUGCCCCUGGCCUUCACCGUGGCCCAUGAGCUAGGACACAGUUUUGGGAUUCAGCAUGAUGGAAGCAGCAAUGACUGUGAGCCAGUUGGGAAAAGACCUUUCAUCAUGUCUCCACAGCUCCUGUAUGACACGUCCCCACUCACCUGGUCCCGCUGCAGCCGGGAGUACAUCACACGAUUCCUUGACCGGGGCUGGGGGCUGUGCCUGGACGACCCCCCUGCCCGCGAGGUGCUGGACUUCCCCCUGGUGCCCCCGGGCGUCCUCUACGACGUGGGCCAUCAGUGUCGCCUGCAGUACGGUGCCUACUCCACCUUCUGUGACGACAUGGACAGCGUCUGCAACACGCUGUGGUGCACAGUGGGGACCACGUGCCAUUCCAAGCUGGACGCUGCCGUUGAUGGCACAGCAUGUGGGGAGAACAAGUGGUGCUUCAACGGCGAGUGCGUGCCAGUGGGUUACCGUCCCGAUGCCAUCGACGGCAGCUGGGGGCCCUGGAGCUCGUGGGCUGCCUGCUCACGGAGCUGCGGCGCGGGCGUGCAGAGCGCCGAGAGGCAGUGCAGCAGCCCCACGCCGAAGUACGGGGGCAGGUACUGCCUGGGAGAACGGAAGAGGUUCCGGAUCUGCAACGUCAGGCCGUGUCCCCCCAACAAGCCGUCCUUCCGCCAGGUCCAGUGCAGCCAGUUCAACCCCAUGCUCUACAAGGGGAAGCUCUACAAAUGGACGCCGGUGCCCAACAACAUUAACCCCUGCGAGCUGCACUGCCGUCCGGAGGACGAAUACUUCGCAGAAAAGCUGCGGGACGCUGUCAUCGAUGGGACUCCGUGCUACGAAAUGAACGCCAGCCGGGACAUGUGCAUCAACGGCAUCUGCAAGAACGUGGGCUGUGACUACGAGAUCGACUCCAACGCGGUGGAGGACCGGUGCGGCGUCUGCCACGGGGACGGCUCCACCUGCCACACCGUCAAGAAGACGUUCGAGGACAGCGAGGGGCUGGGUUACGUUGAUAUCGGGAUUAUCCCCGUUGGAGCCCGAGAGAUCCGCAUCGAAGAAGUCGCAGAAGCCGGCAAUUUUCUGGCGCUGCGCAGUGAGGACCCAGAGAAGUAUUUCCUGAACGGCGGCUGGACCAUCCAGUGGAACGGGGAUUACAGGGUGGCAGGCACCACCUUCACCUAUGAGAGGACAGGGAACUGGGAGAACCUCACGUCCCCGGGGCCCACUGUGGAGCCCGUGUGGAUCCAGCUGCUGUUCCAGGAGACCAACCCCGGCGUGCGCUACCAGUACACCAUCCAGCGGCCGGCCGACAGCGAGAACGAGAUCGAGCAGGCCGAGUUCCUCUGGCGCUUCGGCUCCUGGACCACGUGCACCGCCACCUGCGGCACCGGGGUGCAGAGGCAGAUCGUGCACUGCGUGGAAAAGCUGGCCGGCAUUGUGGAGGAGCGAUACUGCGACGCGCUGACCCGGCCCGACGACCAGCAAAGGACGUGCAACGAGGAGCCCUGCCCCGCCAGGUGGUGGGUCGGCGAGUGGCAAAAGUGCUCGGCCACGUGCGGGACAUCGGGGCUGAUGAAGAGGACGGUGCUCUGCAUCCAGAGCGUGGGGCUGGACGAGCAGAGGGCCUUGCAGCAAGCGGACUGCCAGCACCUCUCCAAGCCAGAGUCCACCGCUCCCUGCCAUCGGGAUGUCCCCUGUCCCUCUCAGUGGGCCGUGGGGAACUGGUCAGAGUGCUCAGCAACGUGUGGCAAUGGCACACAAAGGCGCCCUGUGUACUGCAGCAAUAAUACCCAAGCGACUUGUGACCCUGAACAAAGACCCAGCUCGGAAACUAUUUGCUCCUUGCCACAGUGCCAGAUGAAAUCAGACAACGCCAACGCCGACUGGUCUGGCAGUGGCUCUUCCAGCAGAGAAAUGUUUAAUGAGAUAGAUUACAUCGCCAAUAACCGUAUCACUGAAUUUAACCCCCUAAUUCCAAACAUCCCAGAGUCCAGCAAUGUCAAUAUCAUAACUGAGGAGGACUUCUCAUCCAGAAAAGGAAACGUCUUCGUUGAUGAUUUUUACUACGAUUAUAAUUUUAUCAACUUCCAUGAGGAUCUGUCGUAUUACCCCUUCACUGAGAAAGAAACCAAAAGCGAGGGCCCUAAGCCCGAGCUGAGCAGCAACGAUGUGGAGGAGCCUCCUGAGCUGCCCGCAGAUGUCCUGCACGCCGUGGAGCCAGGAGGAGGAGCAAAUGGGGACGAGCUGGUGAAGCAAAGCGAAGCAAAUGUUUCUGCUCCUGUGCACAGCGAAGGGGAGGCAGAGUCGGGGGGUUUAGUCGUCAGUGACCUCCUUGGCAUGGCCCCUGGGCACAGGGGAACCAGCACAACCGCUCCCAGCACGGCCACAGCUGCUCCCACAAGUGAUGAGGGGGGAGCAGUGCUCGUGCCCCGCUCCGAGGAGCUGCUGCCCACCCAGCCUGCGGCAAGUCGUGGCUCUCCCAGCAGCCUGGGUAACCUGCUCCCCGAUCAGCCCGCAGGUGCCGUGCUGGCAGGCACUGUUCCUGCGUGGGAUGCUGCAGCCCGCAGCCUCGCUCCCUGGGCUCCGGCUGCUCCCUCCGCGCCGCUGCCUGUUGACAGGGGCAGUGCUGGUGCGGACAGCACGUCCCACAGCCUGCAGCGCGUGGGAGAGCCUGGGAACAGAGGCCGUGCAAGCACGGCGGCUCCUGACAACGCUGCCAGCGCUGGGAAGGGCCGGGAAAACUCAUGGGAAAUGGGUUUUGUCAUCACCAGUGAUGAUAACGGUGCUGCCUCCAAGACCGAAGAGCAGGAAGAGCUGGCAGAAAUACCAGCACCAGAGGGGACUGUGCACAUGCACGCGACAGAAGAGGGGACACGCAACGUGGCAGAGGGGACCCGUCCGACCUUCCCCACCGCCCGCAGACCGCAGCAGGAGGCGGGCAGGCACGCUGAAGGCGCUGGUCCCGUUGCAAGCCCCCAUCCUGCAGGUGCUACGAGGAGCCCCCCGUGGGAGGCAUGGCCGCAGGUGGGGCACCGCACCCCCCCGUCCCUCGCCUCGGCCCCCUUCGUGGCCACAACCGCCCUGCCAGCACCCGUGUCCGUGUCCCCCGCCACGCCUGGGUCGCCCACCCGGCUCGCCUCCAGCGGCCUCACCCCGAGAGCUGCCCUGGCGCCAGCCCCCCCGGCGUCCCCAGCUCGCAGCCCUCCCGCAGGAACAUCGCCCCCUGAGCCCCCACCGGCGGCGUGGACCGAGGGGAGGCUGGGGGAGACGCGGGUGCUGCACCACCCGGAGCCAGCCGCCCCCCAGACCUCCAGCGUGGCCCAGAUCGGCAGCACCGCUCCGGGGCAGCGCUCCCCAUCGGCAGCCCCGAGGACAUUUGCUUACGGUGACGGGGAGCAGGAGGGAUCCCAGCCCGCUCCCACCCCCCCGGGGCUCUGGGGGCAGGACGAGGCUUUGCUGCUGCCAUCCACUGCUGAAACAGCCACUGCGACGCCCAGCUGGGAGGUCGGCAACUGGAGCGAGUGCUCGGCCACCUGCGGCGUGGGCGCGAUCUGGCGGAGCGUGCGCUGCAGCACCGGCACCGAGCGGCACUGCGCUGCUGCCAGCAAGCCCGUCCCCGCUCGGAGGUGCUCCCUGAGGCCGUGCUCGUCCUGGCGCGUGGGGAACUGGAGUAAGUGCUCCAGGAACUGCGGUGGAGGGGUGAAGGUUCGGGACGUGCACUGCAUCGACACCAGAGACCAGAGGCUCCUGCGGCCCUUCCACUGCCAGGCUGUCCUCUACAAACCGCCGACGCAGAUGCCCUGCCAGAGCACGCCGUGCCUGGACUGGUACACGUCCUCCUGGAGAGAGUGCUCAGAGCCCUGCGGCGGCGGGGAGCAGGAGCGCCUGGUGACGUGCCCGGAGCUGAGCCGCUGCGAUGAGGCACUACGGCCCAACAACACCCGGCCCUGCAACACCCACCCCUGCACCAGCUGGGUGGUGGGCUCCUGGGGACAGUGCUCGGCGCCCUGCGGCGGGGGCAUCCAGCGGCGCCAGGUGAAGUGCAUCAACACGCAGACGGGGCAGGUGGAGGAGGACAGCAGCCUCUGCGACCACGAGCCCUGGCCCGAGAGCACGCAGAAGUGCAACCCGCAGGACUGCGAAGGCACCGAGGCGGGCUUCGUCUGCGAGCGCGACCGCUUGACGUUCGGCUUCUGCCAGACCCUGCGGGUGCUGGGAAGGUGCCACCUCCCGACGGUCCAUGUCCAGUGCUGCCAGAGCUGCCGCCAGCACGGGCACCACGCGCCCGGCCGGGACCGCGGGGACGAGCGGGCCUCCAGGAGGUGA